AUGCUUUUCGAAAAGUCAUUAACAUGUGACUUUGAUGAUAUCAAACCCGAGGAAGUUCUCAUCCUUUUUCCUGUUUUGUAUCAGUCCGAUGACUUGAUGCAAUGCAUUUCAAAAGUUUCAAUGACACAUAAUCUCCGUCAUCUUCUGGGUAAUCUAAUCAACACUUUGAAUUCCCUUAGAAGUUUGAAAAUCCCUAUACUAUGGGAAGAAACAUGCACCGAAUAUUCUCUGUCUUCCAUUCCUUCAUUUCCUUCCCUCGUUCUAAAUUACGAAUCACAAAAUGCUUUGGGGAAGUUAAAAACACUCAUGCUACUUAUCACUCAUUUAUGCAACGAUAAGCCAGAUUCAAAAUGCUCGCUAGAAAGCUGUUGCGAACUCAUGGAAGCUGAAGCUCUGGAAACUGAAGUUUUUAUUAUCUUAUGUUUUAUAUUUCAUGGUCUUUCGAAUUACCACUUAGUUGGGAAGUUCUUUUGUGGUUAUUUGGCUCACUGUAAUACUGUCAAUCACAGUAUUUUACUGAAGUUGGCAGUUAACUUACCCUCUGAUUGGUGGCCUAUAGUCCACGAAUUAUGGAAGCUGGGGAAGUCUCUCACAACCAAAUCCUGCCAUCAGGGUGACAAUUCGCAAGAUAAGGAUGGGAUGCAGCGUAUUCCGCAUUCUAAGUCAAACGUUGGAGCCCAUUUAAACUCAUUUUCAUUGUCAUGUCGUAUUCAAACAGUUUUAUUUUACUUGGUAAAAUUAAACCCACACGAUGCCAUUACAGUAGUGGAGAAUUGCAUUACCACCCGUCAGUUUCCAGGCUUAGUUUUGGAUUUACUUUUUGGAUUGAUCAAUAAAGAGGGCUAUACAUUGAAUUUUUUGAAAAGGAUUUUGCUAGACAGUGGACAAGACAUUCGAUCUUGGAUGAGCAAUUUUCUGAAGCUUCCAUCUUCAUCAUGGUACUUGGAUAAGCUAAGCCAUCAUUUUAUAAAAAUCACUUCUUGCCUUAUACCACGUGAUUCUGCAAUUCCUUUGGAUGAUAACAUGAUUCUCACUGCGUUAACAUUGCUUCGUGUGUUAGCUGCAUUUCGUGGGUUUAUAAAUUACAAUUUCCCACCAGAACUGUCGCAAAAGUUAUUGAUUCUUCUUACACAUCGAACAGUUGUUUCUGAACGUGGUUUACAAUAUAUCAGUUAUUCGCUCGCAUUCUUAAUUGGGUUACGUUCAAGUUUGGCAACAGGAAUAUCUUCAGAUACUAAUGGCGUAAUGCACAAUAAUAGUCGUGUUCCUGCAAAUGCAACAGAUAUUGAAAAUACAAUUGUAACUUGGCUCCAACGUUUAAUAGAUGAACAAGAUAUUUUCAAUUCACUAACUCAAUCAUCAUCGUCAUCUUAUCUGCGUAAUUGUAAUCAAUUUUCAAAAACAACAUCGUACAUUGAACCUUUACUGCUUUUAGCUAUCUUAUUUCAUACAAAUCAACCUGGACCAAUUACUGAACUAAUAUCAACUUUACUUGGUCUACAAAAUAUGAUUGCUAAUCAAGUUGCACGAAUUCCAAUUACGCCAAAAUUGAGUCGACAUUUAGUUGGUCACUUACCAACUCAAUGUAUGCUACAAUUACUUAAAUCGCAUGCAUUUGCUAAAAAUAAACUACAUACUAAGAAAUGGAUUAUUGGACAGAUACGUGAAAGUGUACGUCCAAUUCAUCCAUUGCUACCAGAAUUAUUAGAAGCACAUAUUACGCAUUCGUUUACUUCAAAUUCUAACAAUUCAUCGUCAUUGAAUAGUGAUAUUCCUAGUAUUACUGGUACUACUACUACUACUAGUAGUAUUAGUAGCAGUACUAUUACUACCAAUCCUACUGCUUCAACAGCUUAUAUCAACUUAUCAUUAAUUUCUGAACAGGAAUUAAUCAAUGAAUUCACGAAUUCUAAAUCUUCUAAUUUGAUUCAAUUUUGUGCACCAGGGAUUCAUUUACAAUCGAAAAUUAAUCAUAAAUCUGUAAAUCGUUUAUAUAUUUCAACUACAGAACAAGAUUUUACUCCGCAGUUAUUAUUUCUAUAUUAUGCAUUUUUUGUUUUCGAUUAUCAGUUCAAUUUACGUUUAACAUCUAAUCGACAUCGUUUACCUAAUGAACCAUCAUGUGUUUAUUCCAAUAAACUAUGGGAUAUUAUACCUAUAACAUAUCUUUUACGAUAUGCUCGUGCACAUUUAUCAGAUUAUCGCUCUCUAUAUCCAAAAUUAUUGCAAUUGGUUACAAAUCAUUUUCCGCAUUUAACUAUGGGUGAAAUGAUGAUACAAGAUGAAUUAUUACUUGAUUCAAUAUGGAGAUCUGAACACGAACCUAUUCGUGUUCUUUGUAUUAAUAAAGCUGAAAUGAAUUUAUCACCGGUGAAUAAUACAACAACAAUCGUAACAUCGAGAGUAAUGACGAACCAAACAAAUUUUGUUUAUCAACAAUCGAAUUAUCCUUUGCCGUUCCGUGAAGAACAAUUAAAUCAAGCAUUUGAACAAGUGAUUUCAAAGCUAUCAAUAUCUACUGAACAGCCAACAACAUUGAAUAAUCUGUCUGAAAUAUGUCCAUUAUGGAAAAAUCUUAUUUAUAUGAUUAAUCAAUUAAUACAAUCAAUAGAGAUAUUUGGUUUAGAUUGUUUAUUAAAUUUUGGUCCAAUCUUAGCUGAACAAUGUCCAAGACUACUAUUAUUACAAGGUAAUGGUGGAUUUUUAGGCGUCAAUCGUAAAUUUGUACAUUCUAUGGAACUUUUAUGGAGACGUUUACAUUUGAUUAUGCCAAGACGAUUGGAAUUAAUCACUAUGAAUAGAAUACGAUCGUCUAACAAUGAUCCUCCAACAACAUACACAUCAACUGCCAUGACAACAAGUAUAGGUACUACAAAUCCCCUUGACUUAUUUAUUGAAGCUAGCAAUCUCAUCAGUAGUAGACGAAAACCUUUGUGCAGUUUAGAUUUAUGUACAGAUCCAGUUGAAAAUGUUAUGAGUGAAGUAGAUAGAAAAGUUUUUCGAUGUCCGUCACUUCUUCGUUUAUUUCUACGUAUAUUGGAAUCAAGUUUAUUAGCAUCCAGAUCAUAUUGGGCACAUAGACUUGUUGACAGAGUUCAAUCUAUACGUGGAACAAACACAAAUUCAACGGUAUAUAAUACCCAAUCAACAACGUCUAUGCCAGCAACAAUGAUGAUGCUUUCUUCAACAAAUGGUGGAACACCAUUAUCUGGUUCUCCUAUUCCUAGUACUAAUGCUGAUUUGUUAAAUCAAGAUACAUCUAGUUCAACCACAAACUAUCCGAAAUUUAUUGGUUCUUCCAAAUUAAUUACUACUGAUUCUGGCCAACAACAACAACAACAACAGGUUAACAGCAUAUCUACCGUCGCCCUAACAACAUCAUCAAUAACUACUUCUCCUACGUCUACAUCAGUAAAUACAACUGUUUCUACUUCUAAUACAUUAUCUUCUGCACAAAUAUUCAAUGAAUCUAAUACAAAUAUUUCUCCUCAAUCAGUAGUACCAAUUAAUAAUGAAGAAUGUGAACGUUUAUGUACAAACAUGUUAUUAACACAAGAUUCAACUAUUAUUCAGUUAUUGCUAGAAUAUUGUUUACCAACAGAAGAUGAAAAGAAACUUGAAUCAGAAAUUAGUAUUCUUCGUGAAAUACGUAUUACAAUUUGUACAUUUAUACAUUCAUUAUUCAUUGCUCAACCUGUACUUGCAGAGAUUAUUGUUUGGCAAACGUAUCCUCGUGCAUUGAUCCCUAUCAGUGCUCAAGCCAUCCCAUCAUUACAUAUCUGUUUGGAUACGGUUAUUGAUGUAUUUCGAAUGAGUGGAGAUUAUGCCAAAAUGGUAUUCUGCUUGGAUUUAGUUUCACAUCUAGCCCAACAUUAUAAUAUUCAAGCGACACUGGAUCGUGCUGCUUUUAUGAUUGAUUCAUUAUAUCACUUUUUGACAGUGGUAGUCAGUGCAGAAGAACGAUCAAGUUUAUUAUAUGAAUGUUUGUCUUCAUUAUUACGUUUGGGUAGUGCAUUCCCAAAUUUAGCGCCUAUAAUUGCACGUCUUCUAUUAUCAGUUGGUUUAAUGAUUAGUUCUACACUGUCAGAUGAUUCACGAUCAUAUAUGCUUUGUCAAUUGGAAACUUUAAGAGCAAAUUCAUAUUCAGAAAAUAAUCAAAUUGACAAUCAACUGAUGACAGAAUUAACAUUGAAUGAACGUAAUCAAAUUUGUCUAUUACAAAUUAUAUUUGUAUUAGAUAAAUUAGUUUUUCAAUGUUCAGCACAACGUCAUCUAUAUUAUUCACCUAGAUUAAUAUAA